CUCGCGCUGGCGCUGACGACGAUCGUCGUCCUCGCGACGCGAACGGACGCGCUCAAAGCGAACGAUUUCAAGACGUGCGCGACGAGCUCGUUUUGCGCGCGAGGGCGAGACGCGCGAGACGCGCGAGGCGCGAGGAUCGAAGACGCGCGCGCGCGCGAGCGCGACGCGAGGGCGGUCGAGUUCGACGUCGUGCGCGGCGAUGAGGGAAGUGCGUCGCUGGUGGGUUCGGUGGAGGGGAUGAAAACGGGCGCGGUGCGCGUGCGGGUGGACGAAAGAGGCGAGCGGGCGCGAUUCGCGGCGCGGGAGGUGCUGACGAGGGAGACGGAAUUCGAGGACGACGCGAGGGCGCGGGCGCGCGUGGUGGGAAGGAGCGAGACGAGCGUGGAGGUGGAGUUCGAAGAGACGGGGGCGCGGGCGAAGAUUUACGCGGAUCCGUUCAAAGUGGAGGUGUACGCGCGGGAGGCGACGACGCCGGCGGCGAUUUUUAACGCGCGAGGCGAGUUCGCGUUCGAGACGGGAGGCGACGGGUCGUCGGAGGAUUGGGCGGAGACGUUUAACGGGCACACGGAUACGCGCAAGAAUGGACCCACGGCGGUGGCGUUCGACCUGACGUUUCCGAGCGCGAGCGACGCGUACGGGCUUCCCGAACGCGCGACGUCGCUCAGCCUGAAAUCGACGCGAAAGUACGAGAGCGGUAAGAGUUGGUUCGGUCGAUCUUCGGUCGAUUCGUCGGUGAAUGAAACCACGCUCGGGGAACCUUACAGAUUGUACAACCUCGACGUGUUCGAGUACCUCGAUGAUAGCGCGUUCGGGCUUUACGGAUCGAUUCCGAUGCUCACCGCGCACGGGGUCCGCGACGGCAAAUCGACUACGGCUGGCGCUUACUUUCACAACCCGAGCGAGAUGUACGUGGAUGUCAACGUCGACGGCGCUAACGGCGUGCACACGAAGUGGAUGGCCGAGAGCGGCGCGAUGGAUGUUUUCAUUCUCCCCGGCGAUACCCCCGCGGAUGUGUUGAAGCAAUACACGGCGCUGACGGGCACGACGUCGAUGCCACCGUUAUUUUCGCUCGGCUAUCAUCAGUGCCGAUGGAACUAUCGCGACGAGAACGACGUCAAGGAAGUCGACGCCGGUUUCGACGCAAAUGACAUACCGUAUGACGUGCUUUGGCUCGACAUCGAACACACCGAUGGGAAGCGGUACAUGACGUGGGACAACGGUCCGUUCCCCACGCCCGAACGCAUGAUCAACGACAUCGCCAGUCGCGGACGAAAGAUGGUCACCAUCGUGGAUCCGCACGUAAAAAUCGACAAUAAUUAUCCCGUCUAUAAAGAGGCAAAGGAUAAAGGGUUUUACGUCAAGAAGAACGACGGCACGACGGAUUUUGACGGGUGGUGCUGGCCGGGAAGUUCGACGUACUUGGACGUCACGAAUCCAGACGUUCGCGAGUGGUGGGCGAGCAAGUUUUCUUUGGACUCCUACAAAGGAUCGACGAAAGACUUGUACAUUUGGAACGAUAUGAACGAGCCGUCCGUGUUCAACGGUCCCGAAAUUACGAUGCAAAAAGACUUGAUUCAUCACGGCGGCGUCGAGCAUCGCGAAGUGCACAACGCUUUCGGCAUGUACUACCACAUGGCCACCGCGGAGGGCAUCAAGCGAAGAAACGACGGCGAUCGUCCUUUUGUCCUCUCGCGCGCCUUUUUCGCCGGGACGCAACGCAUCGGACCGAUUUGGACCGGUGAUAACACCGCUGAUUGGCGACACCUCGCCGUGAGCUUACCGAUGGUGCUCACGCUCGGCGUGAGCGGGUUGACGUUUAGCGGCGCCGACGUCGGAGGAUUUUUUGGCAAUCCCGACGCUGAGCUCAUGACGCGGUGGUACCAAGUCGGCACUUACUAUCCUUUCUUUCGUGGACACGCGCAUUUGGAGACGAAGCGCCGCGAGCCUUGGUUGUUCGGUGACGAGAGCACGGCAAUCAUUCGUCAAGCGAUUCGCGAGCGAUACGCGCUCCUGCCUUACAUUUACACCUUGUUUGAAGAGUCGCACCGAACGGGCGCGCCCGUGUUGCGUCCGCUUUGGUACGAAUUCCCAACGGAUGAGAACGUGUUCAAGAUUCAAGAUUCAUUCAUGCUCGGUUCGGCAAUUUUAGUGCAGCCAGUGUUGAAGCAAGGCGCGAAAUCCGUCUCGGUGUACCUUCCGGCUGGCGUUUGGUACGAAAAACGAUCGGGCGCGCGACACGUCGGACCGAAGACGUUCGACGUCUCCGUCGAGCUCAGCGACGUUCCGGUGUUCCUUAGAGGUGGUGCUAUUUUCGUGCGAAAGGACAGAGCUCGGCGAAGCUCGACAGCGAUGAAGGGUGACCCAUUGACCAUCGUCGUCGCGCUCGACGCGAACGGCGAGGCGAGAGGCUCGUACUACGCCGACGACGGUAAGAGCUACGAGUAC